AAGGGAAGCAAGGCUGACGUGGCCCGCCGGGACUGCCGGCUGCGCAUGCGACCCCGCGGCAGCGGCUAUGGAGGAGGCGGAGGAGGCGGGAGGAGCCGGCCCGUCCGUGCUGUUCCUGCACCCGGACCUGGGCCUGGGCGGCGCGGAGCGGCUGGUGGUGGACGCGGCGCUGGCGCUGCGGGCGCGGGGCUGCCGGGUGCAGAUCUGGACGGCGCACUACGACCCCGGGCGCUGCUUCGCGGAGACGCGCGGGCUGGCGGUGCGGCAGGCGGGCGGCUGGCUGCCGCGCAGCCUGUGCGGCCACGGGCACGCCCUGUGCGCCGCCCUGCGCAUGGCCUUCGUGGCGCUCUACGUGCUGCUGCUCAGCGGAGAGACCUUCGACGCCUUCGUGUGCGACCAGGUGUCUGCCUGCAUUCCUGUACUUAGACUGGCCAGAACCCGUAAGAAGGUUUUGUUUUACUGUCACUUUCCCGAUCAACUCCUGACCAAGAGAGAAUCUUUCCUGAAGCGCCUCUACAGACUGCCGCUCGACUGGCUGGAGGAGUACACGACUGGCAUGGCAGACUGCAUCGUUGUGAACAGCAAGUUCACUGCCAGCGUGUUCAAAGACACAUUUAAGUCCCUAUCACACAUAAACCCAGAUGUCCUCUACCCAUCGCUCAACAUCAGUAGCUUUGAAGAAAUUGUUCCUGCAGAUAUAGCUGAUCUGAUACCGAAAAAGAAAAAGUUCUUGUUUCUCUCCAUUAAUAGGUAUGAGAGAAAAAAGAAUCUGGCAUUGGCUCUCGAAGCUUUGCACGAACUUCGAGGGAGACUUGAUUCUCAUGAGUGGGAUGAAGUUCACCUGGUUAUGGCAGGUGGUUAUGAUAAGCGAGUUCUGGAAAACGUGGAGCACUAUGAAGAGCUGAGGAGACUCGCAGCCAAACUUGAUGUUAAUGACCAUGUGACUUUUCUGAGAUCAUUCUCAGAUGAACAGAAAAUCUCUCUUUUUAGUAACUCUGUGUGUGUGCUUUAUACACCAAGCAAUGAACAUUUUGGCAUUGUCCCUUUGGAGGCAAUGUAUAUGAGAUGUCCAGUUAUAGCAGUUAAUUCAGGUGGUCCUUUAGAAUCAAUCUCACAUAAUGUUACAGGAUUUUUGUGUGAUCCUCUGCCAACGCAAUUUGCUGAUGCCAUGGAAAAAAUUGUGAGAGAUCCUCUCUUAAAGGACACAAUGGGAGCAGCUGGGAGACUGAGAGUUAUGGAAAAAUUUUCUUCAGAAGCUUUCUCAGAACAGCUGUACCAAUACAUACGCAGAUUAACAGAAUAAAAUUCUAUUCCUACAUUAUAUUUUA